AUCAAAACACAAGUUGAUUAGGCCAACCAACAAACAGAACACAGAGGCAAGCACAAACACACACACACAACACAAGAAAAAGGAUAAUAAAAAUUCAUGUUUCACGUCGGCUACGUAAAUAAAAACACAUCUCGUGAUUUUUUGAUCCUCUCUACAAACACAAAACAAAAAAGAAAAUAAAAUACUAAUCGGAAACACAAUUUUGGCGGUUUGAAACAGAGAGAGAGAGAGAGAGAGGCUCUCUUCUUCGUUACCGUGUUGGACCCGAUUCCUUCUCCUUCGUUGCCAUCUUUCACAUAAUAAUCAUACUGACUUUUUCUUCUUCUUCUUCUUCAUCGAGAGAAACAAAAAGAUGGGCUUUUUGACUAGUGUGUUGGGGAUCUUUGGUUUCGCAAUCGGAAUCCCUAUUGGUCUCAUCAUUGGAUUCUUCGUCUUGGUUUAUUCUAAGCCUAAACACCAAGAGUUGUUGAUUUUGAGGAUAUACAAACAAAGCAUGAUGUAUCCACCUGCGAGGCCACUUGUUGAGACUAGUAUCAGUGUCCUUCUUGAUCUUUUACCAGACAUUCCACUAUGGAUGAAGAAUCCAGAUUAUGAAAGAGUGGACUGGUUUAACAGACUUCUCUCAUACAUGUGGCCUUACCUCGACAAGGCCAUUUGCAGGAUCAUCCGGAGUUCUGCACAACCUAUAUUUGCAGAUUAUAUUGGGAAGUUCUGUAUAGAAUCUAUUGAGUUUGAAAAACUGAGUCUUGGAACGCUUCCACCAACAAUUCACGGUGUUAAGUUCUAUGAGACCAACGAGAAGGAGCUUCUGUUAGAACCAUCAAUAAAGUGGGCAGGCAAUCCCAACAUUGUUUUGGUGCUAAAGGUGAUGUCUUUACGAAUUAGAGUUCAGCUCGUAGAUCUCCAAUUUUUUGCUACAAUUCGUGUAGCGCUGAAGCCUCUUCUGCCGACCUUCCCUUGUUUUGGAAUGGUUGUAGUUUCAUUAAUGGAAAAGCCACAUGUUGAUUUUGGAUUGAAAGUGCUUGGUGGAGAUCUCAUGUCCAUACCGGGUCUCUACAGAUAUGUUCAGGAAACUAUUAAAAGGCAAGUUUCAAGCAUGUACCAUUGGCCACAAGUGCUUGAGAUACCUAUUCUUGAUGCUUCAACAGCGUAUGUAAAGAAACCUGUUGGACUACUACAUGUGAACAUUAUUCGAGCUCGUAAUCUCCUAAAGAAGGACUUAUUGGGAACUUCAGACCCUUAUGUCAAGCUUAGCUUGACUGGAGAAAAGCUUCCAGCAAAGAAAACCACCAUAAAGAAGAGGAACUUAAACCCAGAAUGGAAUGAACACUUCAAGCUCAUCGUGAAGGACCCAAAAUCACAAGUCCUUCAACUUGAAGUCUUUGACUGGGACAAGGUCGGAGGGCACGACAGAUUGGGAAUGCAGAUGAUCCCCUUGCAGAAGCUUAACACGGGUGAGAAGAAAGCAUUUAAUCUUGACCUGAUCAAGAACUCAAAUGUUGUUGUGGAUUCUGUGGACAAGAAAAAAAGAGGAAUGUUAGAGUUGGACCUCAGGUAUGUGCCAUUCAGAGAAGAAAGCCUUAAGAGUAGAAACGCAAAUAAGGAUGAGUACCAGAGGAAAGAAAGCACAGACGAGAAAUCAUCAGAAGACGAUGAUUUUCUCAGUCAAGCCGGUCUACUCUCAGUUACAAUCCAAUCUGCCAAAGAUGUCGAAGGCAAGAAGAAACACUCGAACCCUUAUGCCGUUGUUCUCUUGGGAGGAGAAAAGAAGAAAACAAAGAUGCUGAAGAAAACACGAGACCCUCGAUGGAAUGAGGAAUUCCAGUUUACACUCGAGGAGCCGCCAGUGAAAGAGAGUAUGCGCGUUGAGGUCAUGAGUAAAGGAACUGGCUUUCACUUUCGAUCCAAGGAGGAACUAGGACAUGUAGACAUAAAUCUGGAGGAUGUUGUUGUCAAUGGAAGGAUCAACCAGAAAUACCAUCUUAUCAAUUCCAGAAACGGCAUUAUUCACAUUGAGAUCCGUUGGACGACUAGUUAACAAAAACUGAAAACAUAAAUUUUGUUCUAGUGGGGCUUUUAUUAAAAUCUUGUGUUACCUCUAUCUAAAUCAUAUUAUUUCAAUUGAAAUUCAACGUACA